GUAUUAACAGGAAAAAGAAGAUAAAGACAAACCAGGGCUAUUGGCUAUGCUGCAAAAAGUUCUUCAACUCUAUUUUGAAAGGGAACGGAGUUGUAAAAGCCGAGCAUUUCUCGAAACUCUGAUCAAAGGUCUCUUCUCUUGCUCUCGCAUCAACGCAUCUCUGUUCAUCUUCAACUCGGGUGCAGGAAGAGCUGACUUCUGCAAAGCAUUAAACUCAGGAAGAAACUCCGAGAGGUUGGAUUGCGAUAUCAACUUGGAUGGAGAAAUUGAUAGGGAUGAGUUUGUGAAGUUUAUUGAGCAGAUUACGGCUGAGACAUUUAACGUGGUGAGUCAGGGUUUGAUCAUAUCUUUGAUUGUGGCUCCAACUGUGGCUAUUGCGACGAAGAAGGCCACGGAAGGUGUCCCGGGAGUUGGCAAAGUUGUGCAGAAGCUGCCUACUUCAAUCUAUGCUUCUCUUGUGACUCUUGCAGUUGUGUGGGUGAAUUCUGAUUCAAGUUAAGCUUCUCAUAUUGCAAAGCUUGCCACCAGAAUAAAUGUGUUUAUACUCC